AGGGUUUUCGAAGAACCCUAAAUCCCCAAUUUCAAUUGUCUAUCUCGUCAUCGGUCGUCGGACGUCGGACGUCGGCUUUCUUUCACUCUCUCAAACUCACUUACCGGCUAUUGCGCUCAACUCUUGCUUUUCUGACUCAGAUAGUAUCGCAAAAUUACGCUACCCCUGACUUUGGAUCCUGGGUCCGUCGUCCUUUGCUCCCUCAGUCACUCGUAUUUCACCCCAUUCUUCACUAAAAGCAAGUUAUUUUUUUGCAAUAAUUUGUCCAGUCACCAGUGAUUGGUAUGAUUUGUUGAUGAGAAUGAAGAAAUCAUUUCGAUAAUCUAUUUUCUUCCUCUCAAAAAUCAAAAUGAAGAAGAAACGAACCCAAGAAUCCCAACUUCAAUAUGAACUAGGAACAUGUUUGAAGCAAAACAAUCUCACAAAAGCUAUUUCUCUUUAUGAUUCAGCUCUUUCUCAAAACCUUCGUUUAUCUUCUCACCACUUCAAUGCAAUCCUCCACCUUUGUUCUUCCUCUGAUUCUCUCUCCUCACCAACCAAGGCCUUAGCUCUUGAAAAUGGUUUCAGGGUUUUCCACCAUAUGCAAUCCCACAACAUCCCACAAACUGAGGCAACAAUUACCCAGGUUGCCCGCCUUUCAGCUGCUAAAAAUGACCCAGAUUAUGCUUUUGAGUUGAUUAAAUCAAUGAAAAAUAAAGGGGUCUUGCCAAAAUUGAGGACUUAUAGUCCUGCAUUGUUUGGUUUCUGUGAGAAUUUGAGGGUUGAGGAAGCAUAUGCUGUGGAGGAGCAUAUGAGGGGUAAUGGGGUGAGGUUAGAAGAGGCAGAAGUGUGUGCCCUUUUGAGAGUUAGUGCUGAAUUGGGGAGAGAAGAGAAGGUGUAUGAGUAUUUGCAUAAGUUGAGGGAGGUGGUGAGGGGUGUGAGUGAGGAGGUGGCACUUGUUGUGGAGAAAUGGUUUCGGGGGGAGAAGGCGGCUGAGGUGGGUGUUGAAGGGUGGGAUGUUGGGAAGAUGAAAGAUGAGAGGGAGAGGUGUGGGGGUGGGUGGCAUGGAAAGGGGUGGUUAGGGAAGGGGAAUUGGGAGGUGAAGAAGGUAAAGAUUGGGGAUAGUGGGGGAUGUUUUGGGUGUAGGGAGCGGCUUGUUGGUGUCGAUGUUGAUUGUGGGGAGACCAAGAGGUUUGCGCAAUCGAUAGCUAGUUUGGCUAUGGAGAGGGAAGUCAAGUCUGAUUUUAAGAGUUUUAUGGAGUGGAUUGAUAAUCAUGCUGACUACGAGGCUAUAAUAGACGGAGCAAACAUUGGGCUCUACCAACAGAAUUUUGCUGAUGGCGGAUUCAGUAUUUCCCAGCUGGAAGCUGUAGUAAUGGAACUGUAUAAUAGAAAUAAGAAAUGGCCUUUAGUUGUCCUGCACAAUAAACGUCUACGGGCUUUUCAAGGGAGUCCUUCCAAUCAGAAGCUGCUUGAGGAGUGGUUAGCUCAAGGCACGCUCUAUGCAACACCUAGUGGAUCAAAUGAUGAUUGGUAUUGGCUCUAUGCUGCUGUAAAGUUUAAGUGUUUGCUUGUCACAAACGAUGAAAUGCGUGAUCACAUAUUUGAACUCCUUGGAAGCAGUUUUUUUCUUCAGUGGAAAGAAAGGCAUCAAGUCCACUAUACAUUUUUCAAAGGAGUUCCAAACCUUAAAAUGCCUCCAACAUACUCCAUUCUUAUUCAGGGUUCUAGAGGUUUGGUGGAACUAACUAAAACUGAAGAUAAGUAGAGGAAGAUUUUGAGGGGUAUUUGGACCAUUUGAAAUCUUAAAGAUAUGAUGACCUUGGUGAGCCCAAACAAGAGAAAGUAGUACUCAUGUUAUGGAAGAAGUACUCAAGGGAUGACGUUGAAAGUCAAUUGUUAAGUGCCUAAGUGUUGGUCCCAAUAGCUAACAUCUUAAGUCUCAAGUACACCAAAGGUUUAUAUAUCUUGACCAUUUUUAGGAUGAGUUAGUGUAAAAUUGUAACCCACUAACCCUACUUCAUUCUGCAGCGAACUACAUUCUCUAUCAUGUUGAUUUGUCCGAAGUUUACAAUACAAAUAUUAUUAGUCAUAUUUUACACUGAAAUGAGGGGAAAAGGUACUGUUAGUUUAUGCCAUUAUAAAAAAUUGGGAAAUGUGAACAGAAUGGUGCUGGCUUUUGUAGAUAAUCUGCUGCAAUCAUGAGUGUUAGAUCUGUCUUAUACUCUUAUCCACAUUGUAUAUAUUCAUUGUCUUCUAAGCUUGUCUCUGUUGAUCCUUAGGUGUGGUGUAAUUCAAGUAGCAUGACGAUUGUGUGCUAGUUUCUUUCCAUUGGUUUAAUAAUAUUGAGUAAGCCUCUUGUUGAAG